AUGAACCUUCCAUUGAAACUCGCGACGGUUUUCGUCGUAUUACUAUUACAUUUUUCAAUAUCACACGGAUUAAUGCAAGAAUCUCCUUCGUUCGGAGGUUCGUUGAAAAAUUUUGAAGGAAAACCUUCAGAUCUAUUUAAAUCUGAAGAAGGUUUUCAGCAGAAAAACAACAACAGUUGCCGUGCUACAUGCGAAGUGUGCCGCCUGUGCAUCAAUAAAUCAUUCUCCAGCAUCUGCAAAGAACUCUGCAAACUAUGCCAGAGAUGCAACCCAGCGUCUAAUCGAAGACAUGGUUAUUGGGAUCAUUGGUGGUGA